GUGCUGCGAUCUCGCGGAAUCUCUUCAAGGCUUGGCAUAACACAUGUCGGUGCGCUGUCCGUGACGUCUUUGACUUCUGGACAAUUUGGAAGAAUUUGUCAAGUUCCUUCGGGUGCUCCAUGUGUAUUUAACAACGGCCUAUAAAACAAACUUCAAAUAUGAAACCUUUAAUGCUUCAAGGCCACGAGAGGGCCAUCACUCAAAUCAAGUACAACCGAGAUGGAGACCUUCUAUUUUCAUCAGCCAAGGAUAAUGCUCCCAAUGUUUGGUUUUCUCUCAAUGGCGAGCGGUUGGGCUCCUAUCUAGGACAUCAGGGAGUCGUCUGGUGCUUAGAUGUUAACUGGGAAACAACCAGAUUUCUGACCGGAGCUGGUGACAACUCAAUGCGUCUGUGGGAUGUGAGCAAUGGUAAGGAAAUUGGCAAGGUAACAACUGGUUCAUCUGUGAGAACAUGUGCAUUCAGUUACUCAGCAAACACUGCUGUAAUGUCCACUGACAAACAAAUGAAAUUUAAUUGUGAAAUUUACAUCAUUGAUGUAAGAAAUGCUGAUGCUUCACUUGAGCACCAAGAUCCCAUUAUGAGGAUACCUGUUGAUGGACCAAAAGUUACCUCAAUCUUGUGGGGACCUUUGGAUGAAACUGUAAUCUCGGGCCAUGAAAAUGGAAAAAUCACUAUGUGGGAUCUGAAGAUGGGAAAGGAAGUUCAUUCUGUGAUGGAUCACUCUGGCUCCAUCAAUGACCUGCAGUUCAGUAAAGAUGGCACACAAUUCAUUUCUGCCUCCAAGGAUUGCACAGCCAAGUUAUUUGACACAGAUACCCUUGAAUUACUUAAGACGUACAAAACUGAGCGACCUGUCAAUAGUGCUGCACUUUCCCCUAUUAUGGACCAUGUUGUGUUGGGUGGUGGUCAAGAAGCUAUGGAAGUCACAACAACAUCAACCCGCGUCGGAAAGUUCGAUGCUCGGUUCUUCCAUUUAGUAUUUGAAGAGGAGUUUGGACGUGUCAAGGGUCACUUUGGACCCAUUAAUUCGUUAGCAUUUCACCCUGAUGGAAAGAGUUACGCCAGUGGAGGAGAGGAUGGUUUCACCAGAGUUCAUACCUUUGAUCCUUCAUAUUAUGAGUACCAAUUUGAUUUUUAACUCAAUUUUCAUUUUGCUGAUUUGGGGAAGGGGAUUUCGCUCCACGUGCCGUCAUUAGAAGUAUUUGUUCAAUAAACUUGUCACCGUCAAACUACUUUUUACAAAUGUAUUCUCUGAACUUAUUCAGAAGCAAUCAAUUGCUUCAUACAAUAUACAGAUCAUGAAAUAUGUGCUAGGCUGUAAAGCAGUUGUCUGAAAGAAAAGCAACAACAAAGGUGCAACGUGCUACACCCUAGUGUUCAAAUUACAUUGAUUUACUGUUUUUCCGAUACUGUUAGGUAGGAUUUAUAUAUAUAGAUAAAAAAAAUAAAAUGAAUAAAACUA